GGAAAUGGAUACAACGUGAAAACGUAACUGGCUGUGUCAAUUUCUCGGUGAAGUCAGCCCUGGGCUUUAUGGAUAAGGCAAUUGAACAAGACCACUGACCAGCUUUUUAAUUUUCACUUUUCUAUUCUGUUUUGUUACAUUAAUGAUCACAACAAUAUGCUGACGGUGACCCGGCUGAUAUCAGUCCUCUUGCUGUUCUCUGGGCCAGUCUGGGGCGACGAUGAUUCCGAUUGGGUGAAACUCCCCAAUACAUGUGAAGUGUGCAAAUACCUUGCUGUGGAAUUGAAAUUGGCUUUUGAAGAAACAGGAAAAACCAAUGAGGUGAUUGAUACCAAAUACGGCUUUCUGGAAGGAAAGAGAUCGAAAAUAAAAUACAGGCACUCUGACAUCCGGUUGAUUGAAGUAACUGAAAACAUUUGUAAUCGAUUGCUGGAAUAUAAUUUACAUAAGGAGCGAAGUGGGAGUAAUCGCUUUGCCAAGGGAAUGAGUGAGACAUUCCAGACUCUCCAUGGUCUUGUUCAUAAAGGUGUAAAAGUUGUUAUGGACAUUCCCUACGAAUUGUGGAAUGAGACAUCAGCUGAGGUCUCUGAUAUGAAGAAGCAGUGUGAUGUAAUGGUGGAAAAGUAUGAAGAUGUUAUUGAGGAUUGGUACAAAAAUCAUCAGGAGGAAGACCUCACCAUGUUCCUCUGUGAACGGCAUGUUCUGAAGCCCCAUGAGACAGGGUGCUUGAAGGAGAUUUGGAAUGGCCAGAAAGGGGACCCUGCAGCGAUUGAUGAGGAAGAGAAGAAGAAGAAGAAAAAAAAGAAAAAAAGCAAGAGCAAAGAGGAUAAGGAAGGGGAAAAUAAGAAAGAGAAAAAAGGAAAGAAGAAAAAGAAACAAGAGGACACUGACCAAGAAGGAGGAAAAGACAUGUCAUCUGAUGAUGAGCAGACCCAACAGAAAUCACUUCCAUCCCACAGACCUGAUGAACUCUAAAGACUGAAGGACUAGGCCAGAAAGUAUUGAUUCAGAACUGUGUAUUAGGCCAUUGCUGUUAAGUGGACAGUAACUUAAACCCAGUGGAUCAUUUUCAAGAAUUUGAAUUUAAAUAGCUUUAAAUUAAUCUGAUACAGUGGGGGAAAAUGUCAGUUUUCUGACUGUUGGUCUGUCUAUUUAUAUCUAAUGAAUCACUGCAACAACCUAUUUUUUACUGUCCUUUCCAAAUUCCAGUGACAGUGAUGUCAAAUGAUACGUGGACUGUGUCUUCUGUUUGAUUGCUUGAAUUGAAGCAAGUUACUGUUGAGGUUUUUAUGCUUGAAUGCCACUAAUCUGCCUUUUUAAGGAUAUUUUUAAAAUGUUCAUUCAAUACAUAGAUCCAAAGUUGUGGGAACAGGAAAAUUAAUCUGUAUCAUACCUCUAGAAGUUUAGCCAAUGAAUGGGAAUUUAGAAUUAAUUUUGUCAAUUUUGCUUUGUAAUUGGGGAAUUGAGUCUCUAAAUGCUAAAAGAAUAUGAGGUGUUUUGAAGUGAUAAUAGUGUUUUGACAUUGGAUUGAGCAAUGUUGUGAGGUGUGCUUGAAAGCAAAUCCAAUGAUUUCCAGAUCAUCAAAACACUGAAAGAGAUCCAGAAUGCAGAACAUACCAAUGCUGAAAUAUAAAAUUGAUUUGUAACAUUUCAUGGUUACUAGUUUUCAGCUUCAGGAAAAGGAGAGGAAUUUAGAAAUGCAUCUCAUGUAUAGAUCUCAACUACCAGCUUAAAAAUGUCCACUUAUUUAGUUUCUAUAAACAAAUGAUUCUGUUGCAUAGAAGAACAGCUCUAUUGUAUACUCAAGACAGAUUUGUAGAUUUUCCAUUUUUUUGGAAAGCCAUAUGGGAUUGCAAAAUUACCUCUAAAAUGCAUUUUUAAAAAUUGUGGAAAAUUCCAUGGAAUAAACACAACUUGACCUAGUCAGCUUAAAUCAAUGGCCCUCUUGCUCUAAUUUGAUGUAUAUUACUAGUGUAAAAUGUCAGUUCUAUACACCAGGUGACAAAAACAUUUCAUUCUUCCACAUGCACUAAAGUGAUUUAUUGCUGAACAUUGCAAUGAAAUAAAUGCAUGCAUUCAGUAACAAAUGGGUAACAAAUGCUGGCCUUGGCAGACACACUGAUACUCCAGGGAUCAAAUUUUUAAAAUUCUGUCAGCCAAUUGGAUUUAAAUUGGCUGACUACUUUCUUCCGGUUGGUGCAAAGUCACAUGAUAAAACUCAGCAGGAAAGGUGAAAAAAUGUUCAUUGUUUUAAAGAUGCAAUUUCAAUGCAAUAAUCAGGUCUUGAGGUUUGCAUGAUCCACUCUCAUUAGUGUGAUUUUUGAAUUUAUCUAAAUUGAUAGAGACAAACAAUAUACAUGCUUAUGAUCCAAAUUAUUUUUCCCAAAUAAAGGACCCUGGAUUUGCUGUACUUGCAACAGACACCAUUAUGUUGAUAUUAGGAGUUUUCCACUUAACCCACCUGUUGACUUCUGUAAAUUAGUAUCUAAUGGUGGUGUUACUAUUCCUGACAAUGGAAAACACUAUUAAUUUGGGGCACAAUGAUGUAGAAGUUCACAACAUUUAUGUUCACAAAUAUAGAGACAUAAACCUCUGGGAGAAGUAAUUUUUAUAUAUUUAUUAAAACUACAAUGAUAGCCUUCCUUCUAACCAUGUUUGUUGCAUGUGGCCUUUAGCUCAUUCUGAUUGACUUACUGGGAGCUCAAUUUCAUAAUAUCAGAAUAAUUUAAAACGAAUUAAUGACUGGUUACUCCAAUAAUUUUGAAGUGUUUUUCUAGACUACUUUGGAAAUCAUCCAAUUUAACUGUUCUUAUUCAAAUAUCAGAAGUAUUUGUCACUGGCAACAGGUGUUAGUCAAUAUAGGUAGAGUGCUUCAGAAUCCCAGAGCAGAGUAUGUAUGCAUUCGCAACUAUUCUACCAUAACCGGCUCCUACUGAAAAUUGGUGUUUUAUACUCCCUUCUGUCCUCAAACAUACAAGGAAAGUGGGUGGGAGUUGUGAAGUUCCUAAGACUCCAGAGGCACUGAUUGGUUGGAAAAUCACCUAGGUGAUCUCUGUUGGGGAAGAAUGCUGCAGUGUUAUGCAAAACCUGGAAUGUAGUUGUUUUAAACUAAAAUAAAGGUAAAUAAAGAAUUGAGGGAAUAUGUAAAAUGAAACUGUUAAUCAGAACUCUUAGAAGCUGGCUGAUUAGCUGUAUUUUUGUUUUUGUUUGCAGUUUCUAAACCUCAACAUUUAAUAAAUAGCUAACAGUCGUG